AUGCAGCGAUCGCAUUCCCAUAAAACGUCUGUCGACACGCAUAAACCGUCGUGCGAUCAGGAUGGAAAAGUGAGUUUUCAACAACAAAAAGAACACUGCUGCCGCCGCUGACUGGCCGUAAUCCAUCGAGGCGAUUAAUGCGAAAAGCGAGUGCAAACUGUGGAAACGGCCGGAUGGAAUUGAUUGAUAAAAAGUAAAGCAGUAGUCGUGCCGAAAAGGCGGAGAGAGAAAACAGACCGACCAUUUUUAUUUCCGUUGUCCAAAUUUCCCCGGUUGCCCCGUGAGGCCAUCAGGGUGUAAAAAGAGUGCGUCUUAUCAAAUGUUAUGAGUCAAUUGUUUUGUGUCACUCAUUGGCCGUCCGGUGCUCUUGUGCCCCGGCAGAUUCUUUCUCACCCAUUAAUUCCCACGUCAGGCGCGGAGAGACGAAAUAUGGGAGAGACGGAGAUGUUCAGACGCAGAUAGUGACCGGUUGUAAAGUUGUGGCUCGGUCCAGUCUCGAGAGAUGUCAAGAGAAAUCCGAAACAGAUGGUCCUGGGUGUCCUCUGGAGGCGCCUGGUCCUCUAUUGUACUCCGCCGAUUAGCACCACUUUAGUGCGCCGAGAACGGAAGAAGACAAGAUUAUGACCUCGAGCGAGAAAGGAAAAGAACAAAAAAAGUUGGAAUGCGUGCGAGAGCGUCUAAUGGCGGCAGUUUAUGGCAAUCUGGACGCGAGGGCUUGCUGGUUGGCGACCGGAAAUUCGCAGAGGAAGAAAGAAAUCUCUCCAGACUUUUGCGGGUUUUCUUUCUUUCUUCGCCGACUGACUAGCGCCAACUCCGGUCGGAGAGUCCUUUUUCGAAUAAGUACUACUACUAAAUACUGCUACUACCAGUUUCUUCGUUUCUCUGAUCGCUCCACUGAUUCGCUGAUCUCUCCCGGUUCCCGCGAACUGACGGACGGACACAUCGCACACAAGCGACACACACUCACAAAAAUUCGAUUAGCAGAUUGAACUUGGUGAUAAACCCUGCAGUGCGUGGCCACCCACCCCGACGACGCAGUUUCAUCCAUUUUUCGUUCGACUCCUCGGCCCGACGCUUCCUUCUCUGCGACUCCUCCCUCUCUCGUUUCGCCCAAUACACGAAGGACGGCGGGGGACGAAUUGAAUUCCGGAGGUCCUCUUUCCGCCCCAAAACCACUCUGUUUCUCAGCAAACAGAUAUUUUUGCCGUUUCGUACCCGACUUCCAUUCUCCGUUUCUAAGUUGCGAAGCCAGUUAACUUUUUUUUUGCAGAUGACGAUGAAAGCAGAAGACAUUGCACACGUCCUCAGGGACGGGAUUGCUCUGCUACCAGGAGGACGAUGUCGAGCCGGUCAGGCGAUCAUUGUGUGCCCUUCUCGGGAGCAGCCUGUCAAUCAGGAUCAUCUGCGCAAUGUGUUUCUUUAUCUGUUCGAAGUAACUGCGUAAGUAUUUCUUUUCAAAAAAGUACGGCUCAAAGGUGUUUUGCAAACGAAAUCCGAAAGUUACCUUGGUUUUAUUUACCGCUCUGAUGAUAGAUUGGAUUUGCAGAAAAGUGGCACGCGAAAAAGGAUUCUCAGUGGUAAUUGAUAUGCGUGGAAAACAGACAUGGACCAAUGUUCGGCAGAUUCUCAAAGCGCUCAGCGUAUGUUUUUUUGAAAAUGAAAAUCCCAAAAAAAACUUCAUUCAGAGUAUCGAAUCGACGUCCACCAUUCAAGUGUUCAUCAUUAAGCCGGACAAGUUUUGGGAAAAACAAAAAGCACAAUUGUCGUUAGGCACGUGGGAUUUCGAAGUGGAAAUGUACUCGUUCGAAUCGCUCGUCAAGUUCAUCGACUCCUCGAUGCUGCCAAAAUGUGUCGGCGGAACGUAUCCGUACGAUAACGACGAGUGGCUCGAGAUGAGGUUGGAGCUGGAAGCGUGGAUAUGGAAAAUGACAGAUCUGAUGGAAAAGUUGGAAUCUGUGCGGCGAGACAUUUGUGAAGGAGAGCAGCCAGUCGACGUGCGGACAGCCGAUGCGGCAUUGAAGAAGAGCCACGUGGCAAAAAAGAACAUUUUCACCAUUCCCGUAGAGGAAUUAGGAAACGAAGCAGACAGAGUUGGUUUCAAAAUUCAAAUUUAUGCCAGAUCAUGAAGAUAAAAAGGAGUUUUCAGAUAAUUACUCGAAUAUCGGCCGCGAAAGUCAUUAACCCCGAUCUCCAGGCAACGAUUCCUUAUGUUUCCAAUCUAAUAGACUCUCUUCGGUUACUAAAGUAGUUUUUUCUCCUUCCUGAUGACAUCUUGACACCUUUUCUUUCAGAGGUGACGUCUACACAUUAUGGGGAAGUCGUCAGGCGGAACUUGAACUUGUUUACAAGCAGAAACUGUUUGUGCACGACGCCGAAAAAAUGAUUGAAAAUCUGCGCUCCUACAAAAAUACGGCCGAACGGAGCAUGGGGAACGUCGGAAACGUGGAAGAAGACGUUCAUCGCCUCACCGCAGAGUUCGAACAGUUUCAACUCGCCCUUCAGAAUAUGGAGGUGUCCGUCCAGCAAGUGUUCCAACAACUUCAGCAUCUCAGCUCCAUCAACGGGCGAAAUCCAUCGGUGAGUCUUUUUUGAGAUGAAAAAUAGAAUGAUGUUUAAGAUUGAUCAAAUGGCAAAACGAUUGGACGAAGAAUGGCGAGUCGUCAAUGAGCAGAAAGAACGAAGAAGAAUCAUCCUUCUGAAUGCGAGAAACUUCUUCGUUUCCGCUCAGAGAUACUUUGCGGAAGUGCCAGAAUGGAUGAAGAACCCCGGAGUGAAUCCGAGCGACGUGAUGCUCAAUCAAAAUGAGCUGGAAACGGCGAUAACAUUGCACGACGCGUUCAGGACGCAAGUGGAAGAUGUGUACGCGCAGGCGUACGACGAUUCCACGAAAGUCUCGAGAGCAUUGAAAGACGCCCACGUGGAAGACAAUGUGUCACGGGAGCAUGCGAGUCGGUUACAGAAAACACACAAGCAGCUGUUGGAAAAAUGGAAAGAACGACAGGUUUGUUAAGGAUUAAGGAUCUGAAUUUAAAGUAGAAAUUAUAUUAGAAAAUGUGAAAAUUUCGAUGCUUCCAGACACUUCUUCACCAUAUGCUCGCAAUGAUUGCAUUCGAAAAAGACGUUCAAUUGGUGGUCGAUUGGCUUGAACAACACGGAGAAACCUAUCUUCGACGAAACAAUCAAAUCGGGAAAGAUUUGCCGGAAGCUCGGCGAGCUCAACACAACCACAAUAAGUUCCGAGACGUGGCUUCAAACACGUACGACAGCGUGAAGAAACUCGGAAAAGUUGUGGAAGACGUGACUUCGCAGGGCAGCAGUCAGUCGCUCGUUUCCUAAUUCCACAUCAGCCAAUCGUUUACAGAACUGUGUGACAUUCGAAAAAUGCAAAGUUUAAUGGCGGAGUUGAGGAAGAAGAUUGAGAAGUUCACCGCUAUGGAGCAGUCACGAGACAAGCUGCUCAGGUACUCGACUCUUUUUCAUACUCACUACAAAGAGCUGACCGAUUGGUACGCGAGAAUGAAAGAGAAGUACGAGGAUCGGACGGUCGAUUUAGGAGUGCAGGAGUGCGAUGCCAAUAAAGAACUGUUUGUGGUGGAGAUGGAUGAGACCGCUCAGGUAUUUGCAUCCUUUUCACCUUCGUCGCAAUAAAGUCAGAAGUUCCAGGCUUACGCGAUGACUUUCGAGGAAGGGAACACGUUGCUGCACGAGAUGAAAACAGCGAUCACCUCGUUUGGUGUGGAUUAUACGGAGAGCGUGAAGCACAUUCAGACACUGAUGGCUGAUAUCGGUGAGCAUUUAAUUCAGCUUUCUAUUACCACAUUUUCAAUUUCAGAGGAGAAGAAUGCGGCGGUGGUAGCACAAUAUUCUUCUCGGAGGACGCUUCUCUUCUUUGCAUCGAAAUUCGCAAUGUUCGAACAGAACAAGAACGACGUGAUCGAACAGAUAAAAAGUUGGGAAGAUGACAUGCGAGAAGUGAUUGGCUCGGAAGCAUUCUAUGAAAACGCGAGCACUGUCAUGAAGUUCCACGCUGAUAAUCAGAAACAAGUGCGCAACGCCAUCGACGACAUCCAGAAAACGGCGAAAGAACUUCUUCAAAUACUGGGAGAUCAAGUCUUGAAGGACAGAGCCGGGCGGAACGUGCGCGACGUGAUCACAGAGCAUCGGAGAGAACUCCAACGCGCCGAGUCGGAAGUGAUGGAGUACGCCGACGACAUAUCAAUGAGAAUCCACGCGGCGUGCGAGGUGGCCGAAUUGAGAAAGUGCUCAAACAAAGUGUGCAGGAUAAUCGAGAACCAAAUCAUUGCUCUUCAAAAUCUUCUAAUCAUUCCUGUGGAUUACAACGAUGCCAUGAAGAAGCAAGAAGAUCUGAAAAACUUUCGAGACAACGUGCAAAGCCUUCUCAAAGAGCCCUACGAUUAUUUUGUGAUCCGAUUCCGGCAACUGUGCGAAAACGGCCUUGUGGACAGGGAAGAAGUCGUUAUCCACAACGAACGGAUAGUGAACGUGCACCGACGACUGAUGGCGCAUUGUGAGGAGAAGAACAAGUUGCUCAAGUCGGCACACGGCUUCUACAAAACGUAUGAGACUAUUCUGCCGCUUCUCGAGUACCUAGAGAACGAUUAUCACACGGAUAAGAUCAAGGAUUGGUGCGACAGUUGUCCUUCUCCAGUGCACGCCGACCGGGCUGCGUUCGUGGCAGAUUUGCUGAGCAAGCACAUGAAUUACAAAGAACGAUUCGGAAAAGGAUGCCUCUAUGCUCAAAGGCACGCGGAAUUCCUGUUGCGAUACAUUCGCAGGACUCAAGUGAAUGAGAGUGAACAGUAAGUCACACGCCUUCUCCCAAAUGCAUUUAUUCAUCCCGUUUAUCUUUCUCUUCGCAAAUUAAACGUCCUUCGGGGGGCGUUUUAUGAUUGUGAUACGAAACAGUGAAUGGGAAAAAUUACGGUUCCAGGAGGCGACACGAGGCGAAAAUUGCGCAUUUGAAGACGACGAUCCGAGAAAGACAGUCCAACAUUCUUGGGUUGUGGACGCACAAAAAGGAACUUCUUGAUGGGUUAGUUGUGUUUUUACGUGACCCUUUGUUGACUAUUCAUUUUUCACGUGUCUUUUUCAUUUCAAUCGUCAUGGAUUCUGGAGACACUGAGAAUCUGGACUCGUCCGUCGUUGACGUCUUAUUCUAUCUACAAUUCAAAUUUCAGUUGUCAAGCAUUCAUCUUCAUCGAUGCCAGUGCCAAAGAAUUGCUAGAUUGGAUGAGCGGAGAGGGAGAGCAAGAACUGAAAAAGUUUGAGAAGAAAGGUCGAGGAUCAUCUUCGAAUGUCGACGACGACGAGUUUGCCGCGUUCAAGUUGGAAGUGAAGCAAAAGAAACUGAACAUCCAGUCGUUCCUCCACGUCACAACCACAAAUGAGCAGCUCAAACGAGGUGUACACGACAUAGACAUCGAGAACUGCAUUCGACAGGUUAGUGAUAAAGAAGAAGAAAAAUCUUACCUUCACUUGGCCAUCUUACAGGUUAAGGAUAGUUUUGAUCGGUUCUCGCGGCGAGUCCGUGACUGCGAAGUCGUUAUUCGUGGCGAGAAUGGAGGAACGCAGCCGCCGAAGGAUGAGUUCUCACUCGACCGCCACUCCGAUCCGACCAUCUUCGCGGAGGGCAACAUCUACGAACGGAGGGAAGAGAACCGGAAAAUGCUCGAACCGAUGCGGGAGCUCAUUCAAUCCGAAAGGGACUACAUCAAGGAUAUUGAGAGAUGCGUCAGCAUGUUAGUUUUUAACAUUUUUCUUUAAAUUUUCAUGCGUCUUUUCAGUUACGUCAACGAGUUCGACACGGCAGUCAACAACGGAACGAUUCCAACCUCGCUCAGUUCGAAGAAAACUGAGAUUUUCGGAAACAUCGAUAAGAUCUACUGGUUCCACAAUAAGUUAGAAUUCCUGAUUAAACAAAUUAGCAUUACUCUAACUAUGUCUUUUUCAGCAAAUUGAUUGACGAACUUGUGAAAUACGAACAUCAACCAGAGACGGUAGGCACGGCGUUCACAGUCUGGAUCGAUCUGCUCAAGGAAUUAUACACGGAAUACUGUGUCAACAAGGAGCAGAAUAACAAUGUGAUUGCCACUCCAGACGCCAUUGCAUUCUUCAAUUCGAUACGGGAAAAGCACAGUCUAGAGAUAAACAAUGAAAUUGCGAGUCUUCUGAUAAAACCGGUGCAGAGGAUCACUCGAUAUCAGCUCCUGUUAAAUCAACUGCUGAAGCUGUGCCCUUCGGACAAAUCCGAGGAUCUGAAGGAGGCGCACAAUGUGGUGUGCAGUGUGCCACGGAAAGUGAACGAUCUCAUUCACUUCCACUGUCUCGAUCUCAAAGACAAUAAUGUCGACGAGUUGGGUCCGUUCGUCUUCCAAGACACGCUUACCGUCUGGGAGCCGAGAGCGUAUUUCAAGGGACGCGGGAAAGAAAGACAAGUUUUCCUUUUCGAUCUCUCGAUCGUCUUUGCCAAAAAACUCGAAAUCUCGCAGAAGAAUGUGAAAUAUGUAAUCAAAGGAAAACCUCUCCCGGUAAGAAUUCUGGAAUUAUGAAUUAUGAAACCCCUGGAUUUCAGUUGAGCGAAGUGUCAAUCGUCGAACACGUGGAAGGUGAUCCGUGCCGAUUCGGACUCCGCCUGGGAUCUGUCGCAUCGAACGAGAACCGAACGGACCUGAAAGCGGCGAGUGGUAGCACAAAGAUCAAGUGGGUGCAGAAGAUCCGCGAGUUGAACUCUGGAUUGCUGCCGAUGGGUCAGUUAUCCUCUCUUAACUUUUCGAACUCUGUCUCUUCCAGGUCUCAGCGUCUCUCCUGCCUUCUCAGCAACAACACUCACUUCGGCGCGAACAGUAUCCAUCCGAUCGGGAGCGUCAACCUCUUCUGGAGGCGACAACCGACAGUCCCAGGACGUCGAGUCCCUCUUCCAUCACCGGUACAGUGCGCAAAGUUUCGAAGAGAACCCGGUUAGUUUAUUCAUUUUUCUUCCUACACUCUUCUCGUCUUCUCCUUCUUCUUCUUCUUCUUCUCUCCACUCUCAUAAAGUGAAGAUUUCAUUUUAUUGGCGGGCGGGUAGGUCGUGGCCCGUAUGAACAGGUGCUAUCUGUUGGAAUGUACGCGUGGCACACGCAUUUUUUGAAUUUUUUGCGGAGAAAAGACAACAUGUAAACGGAGAAAGAAGUGUAUGAAAUAUCUGCCACGUCACUCGUCAGUUCUUAAUACAGUUGCCACGUCAGACGUCAGUUCCUAAUAAACUCUAACUUAAAGUCCAAGAUUCCCCAAACAGACGUCCAUACGGACACAACAGUGUUCUCUCACUCAUUAGCCGUGGUCAAACAGAUUUGGUGCACGAUGGGUGAAAGUGGACUCGGGAAAGGGCAUGUGAUGGUCCCCGGGCACUCUGAAUGAUUGCAUCACAAGCACACUUACACAGAUAGAGAGAAAGAGAGACUCCCCGCGCUCUUAGUUUCUUACACACAACAAACUUCGGUCGGCUCCUGCGGGAAGACGGCUGUCGUCUGCGACCUCGUGCUUGGAGUCGCUCUCUUCCUGACUCUCCCGGAUUUUUCACCUUUUUCUUCAUCCUCAUCUUCUUGCCACCUAAUCGAUAUCAUUCAUCAGUUUCGAAAAACGAGCAGCCAGCAGCGCAUCACCGACUUCCAUCCCCCCGCCUGCUCGUCGUUUUUUGGCCUCUUCUCUCAGACACUGGUAUGCGAGCAGAUUCUGAGGAGUGACGAUUAGCGGACCCGUCGUUCCGAUUCCACCAUCGACCAUCGAUUGAUCGGCGCCCCCAUCGAGAGUGGUUUAUCGUCUCUGCAAUCUAUCUAUUCCAUUGUUGCUGCUGCUGCUGCCUUCGUUCCGAUUCUCCCACGGUCCCGGCCGUCCGACUGUCGACUCUUUCUGCCCGAUUCCAUCGUACUCUAUUCUCACCUUCAGCUAUGGUUCACAGUUGCUUUUCAUGCUUGAGGAAGGUAAGAUCGCGCGAAAGCAGUAAGCGACUGCUGAUGAAAAUAACAAAUUGGAUGACGUUAAUCAAUUUCCGGCCCGAAACGUUGACACUGAUGACGGCUGGCUCUGUGUGUGUAUGUGUGAUCCGUGCGUGUGCUCCCCUUACAUAAUACACUGAUUGGAUUUGUGCUCCCCGCGCAUUCGUCUUUGCUUCCUUUCCGCUAUGCUACUCUUUUCCAGAAGCGGGCAGUGUUUGUUUUUUGAGCGAAAAGACUUCAUAAACAAUUUAGGUCCCGACCACGUCCCCUUCUCUCACUCGCAUUCUCUCUUUUUGCGCGCCACCGAAAGGUUGGAAUAACAAUGUUGGCAGUAAUCUGCGCGGAAACGAAAGAAAAUGAAUUAAUCAUGAAAGCGACACUCGCACAGACGAACAGGCACGCGUUUUAGUUUCUUCCCUCUGCUUUCGCGGAAAACAGAAACGGCAGCUGCCACGUCACUUGUGGUUGUCUCGGCUCGUACUGCAAAUGACAGGUGCAUGCGCGUUCAGUGGCCGCCUCUGUGCUCAUUGAAAUGUGUCUGGCCAAUUGCCACGUCAUAAUAUGCUUUCCGCUAUUUCGAGUUUGUUCUUCUGCUGAGUUGAUAGCCGCGUGGUUGUUCCGCACGCCUGCACUUUUCUAUUCGUAAAAGGAAACGUGAUCACUAGGCCGAUUAUGAGCUAUUCAUCAAAAUUGUCCAUCUUCUUCUUUUUCUCCCACUCUUUUUGCCUUUCUAAACCUCCCCACCUCUCCACAUCUGAAUUCCGACACCCUACUUCCUUCCUGUCAUUUCUGUCUUCUGAUCCUCCUUCACCGCCUCCUUGCCGUAAUUAUGUGGUGGAUCAAAUGUGAGGAAUCCCUAAGAGCUCGUCGUGUCCUCAAUUAGCCUACUAGUCGUAGAUGUUUAAUAUUUUUCUCUAAAUUUGGUUCAUUUUUUCUUCGUCUCAGUUUUCGGGCGUCACUCGCCGACUCCACCCAUCUCCGAAUUGGCUCCAUGCAUACGAGUCGAGGGCCCGCCUCUCUCCAAUUGGCUCAGAUUAUGGACGAACAAAAGAAUAGGAAACAUCCUUCGAGUCUCCUUUUCUCGUCGGCUCUUAUUAUACUAAACCGUCUUAUUCUUCUCGCCAAAAGGGGAAUCAAUUCAAUUGUCUUUCUCGCCAAGCCCUAAUCCGGUGCUUCUUUCCUUUCUCUCAGUUAGGUCAUCUUUUUUCCCGUUUGCCUUAGUAUUCGACUUAACUGACGUCUCCUUCGUUGUCCUCGGCUUUUCCUCAUUCUCCCAUUCUUUUUACUCGUUUGUUGGUUCUACUGGUGGCGACUAAUUGGUUCGGUGGUCUCCCAUUUCGCAGUCCCGCCCAUCUUCCUCAUCAUGGCUCCGCUCGCAGUCUGCCUGUCAUUUGACAAACAAUCGAAUUUAGUUGUCGCCCUUAUACCCGGUGGCCGAAUGUCUCGGAUCCACUUGAUAUUUACCCUUGUACAUGUAUCCAUUUCAUCGUUUUUUGCGCCCCCGCCAUCAUCCUUCGUCUCCUCCUUCUUUUCUUCCCUCCUCCAUCCUCCAUCCCGUGGUUCUCAUCAAAUCAGAUAUUGGAUCGGAUGUCAUUUAUUCCUAAUUUCUACCUCUUUCUUCAAGUUUUGAAAUUCUGUCGAAAUCAAUGGACUGUUUUCUGACUCAUUUCGCCCCACUGAAUCACACCGAAUCAGACCAAAGCCGCCGCGCAAACAGAAAAUUCGUUUUGUGACUGCCAUAUUUUUCGAAAUGUGCGAAAUGGGACCGAUGCCUUUUGCAUCCUUUUUCCCCCAGAAUAUAAUUGACGUCCAUAUAAUAAUCACGCACUUUUUAUUGAAUAGACCUUUUCCUUUCUCUCUCUCUCUCUCUCUCUCUCUCUCUCUCUCUUUAGCUCGGCCAUUUUCACUUGGCUUCUUCUUUCGCCGUCCGCUCUGUUUUCGGUCAGGCAGGUGAAGCGUGAAAAUUAGAUCUGAAGCUAUUGGCGAAGAAACCUGGAAAAGCACGCAAAAGUUCGAUGGAACUUUGUGUUGCAACGAAAGAACUCUCACUUCGUCACAAUCGUCUGAUGUUUUCUUUUUUUUCGCAGUUCUUUUUCGUUUAUUUAGUGGAUGAAAGGGAUUUUUGAAAAUACGCUAUCCAGUAAAUAAAUGCUCGGGGCACUUUGUGAGUAGAUGUCAUCUCCAAACGCCCACUGAGGGACACUAGCGGGUCAGAUUUUUCCUGGAUUAAUUCGAAAGAGCCAUAUGAUUUGUGUUUUCUUUUUUUACAGCCGCAGGCGUCUUAUACUCUCCAGUUAUUCCUCUUCUUCGUUCUCUUUUCAUUUGCGAAAUAUAAUUACUCGGCAGUUGUUUCGUGGAGCCGCCCCUCUCGGCUCCGAGCCUCGCUUCGUUUUAUUCCGACAUUCUCCUAUCGACUCGCUCGAUCUGCGUUUUUUUUUCUUUCUUCUUUCUACGUUUUAUCCGUAUUCAUCUCUUGUUUUGAGCACCUCCAAAAUGCUCGGUUAUUCCAAAUCAUGGCGCUCGCUUCGAUCCCGAACGGGCAGUCUGUACACACGAGCUCGCAAUCGACUGACGAGCUCAUUCCGUGGCGGCACCAAGCCCGAAAAUCUGGCGGUGGCCGAGUUCGACGAUUCGACGGUGAGCAACGCGCGCUCUCGUCUCUUUGCCCCAGGGCUACAUGUGUUUUUGGAACGAAUUCAUUAAUAUUUGAGAGAAGAGAAAACGAGAAAAGACUCGGUUCACCACUCUCCUCCAUCGUGUGUGUGUCUUUCUGCUUGUGGUUCAAUGAAAAGAAGAAGAAGAAGAAGAAGAAAAAUGUGUGAUGUCGGAAGGGGGAAGAAUGAGAAGAGGAAAGAAAAAGUGUUCGAGAUUGUCACUGGUUCUGAGUGACGGGUGAUGAUCCGAGGGACGACAAGACACUGAACCUUGUUUGUGUUUCAGCAGUCCUCCGAAGUGUGGAUCGUGACGGAAGACUUUGAUGGACAGGACGAAGGACAUCUCAAAGUACAGAAGGGAGAUCGCGUCGAGGUGAGCAUUUAUUGAUUUAAAUUGGCAUAUUUAUCAGUAUCGAAAAAACACCGAUUUUCUGACUUUCUGUCCUACUCCAAUUCCUAGUCUCGAUUUUAUUAGAAAUGACGAACGCCAAUAACGGGGACACCGAUUUCCGUUUACUCUCUUUAUCCAAAUUGGCCCAAUCAAUGCGUUUGUAGAUUCUCGAGGAGCAGGCAACCGACGCCGCCGAUUUCUUGCAAGUUGUGCUCUGCGAGCAACCAACGAAACAUGGGCUUGUGCCCAGGGCCAUCCUUGUAUCACGUAAGUUUUUUCUUCGAAUUUUGCGGGUUUGCUUUUUAAGUUUUUUCGUUGUUAGAAAAAACUCAGGUUUGUGUGAGCCAACGGUCAGAGUUUUGAAUAAUUCAGAAAGCAAAGAGUGA